UCUCCAAUUUUUCUUUCUCACUGUAGACUUAACGUCACGUCCGCACUUGAACUUGAAUUUUAUCCCAUUGUACAGAGGCAGACCCAGCCACAGAGAGACAGAGAGCUCCCGGAGAAGCAGGACUCCGCCAUCUUCACAGUGAAAGAAAAGAAAAAAAGGCAGGUCUUGUUCUAUUUUGAAAGGGGGUGGCAGUGUGUGUCCCCGGUCUCCUCAGCGCCGUACAAGGGGAGCCAGUGUAAAGAGUUGGAGAGAGUGAAAAGUAUCUGGCAUUCCAUACUCUAGGGUAGUGCCAGUGUACAGAGAGAAGAGGUGCCCAUCGCUUGGCAAACCCAAGUGCCGAGAGGACAUUGGAUUCUUUUUUUUUUCCAUUUUAUUAUGAAUUGUUUUCUUUUUUUCUUUAAGAAACAAGCAAAAGCAACAUUAAACCCAACCAAACACCUGAGCCACUGACUUGGCGAACAGUGGUGUUCACCGUACCCCAGCUGUCAAAGCACUGCACAGGGCAUCGUGUUUUGAUUGUCCAGAGAGAUAAAGAGACAUUCGGAGUGGUUUGCUCGUAACUGUCAUUCACAGGCGUGAAACAUCAAGGAUAUUUCCAGCUUUUUGUGCCGGUCAGAGUCACUCGCCAUGCACCUUUGCCAGAUGGUGUGACUGAAAGAACACUGGAGGUGAAGCCGGUCUGCCUUAGGUCUGGUCAUCGGGAAGACUUGAGUGGACUUCAAGGCUAAGUGCAAAGACUCUCGGUUUUUUUGGUUCAUUUUUCUAUUUCUUUCUUUCUUUUUAAAACAAGGAACCACUAUAAAGUCUGAUUAAAAGGACUGGCCAUCCGAGCAGCUGACCAGAAGCAGGUCCAAGGAAAAGUUACUGAAGGAAAAACGAACGAAGAAAGGGGGGAAGCGAACAGAUCCUUCUGAGUGCAGGUCUCCGGGCGAUGCGUGUGUAAAUGCCAGGGCAAUGUCCCGUCGCAAGCAGGGAAACCCACAGCACUUGUCUCAAAGGGAAAUAAUAACACAAACCGACCAUGUGGAUGUGGGACUGGCAGUGGCCGAGGCCCAUCCCACGUUGGACGCCACCAUCGCCGGUGCACUGCAGGGUGGGAUGGGUGACCACGACCUGCUCACCUGCGGUCAGUGCCAGAUGAACUUCCCCCUGGGGGACAUCCUCAUUUUUAUCGAGCACAAGAAGAAGCAGUGCCAGGGCCUGAUGUCCGGGCCCGGCUGCUAUGACAAGAUGGUGGACCGCAGCAGCCCUUCGCCGCCGCGCCCUGAGCUUAGGAAAGUGGUGGAACCGGUCGAAAUCGGAAUCCAGGUGACACCCGAGGAGGAGGACGAGAGACUGUUGACGCCCACAAAAGGAAUUUGCCCCAAGCAAGAGAGCGUCCCGGCAGGUAGAGAUGAACCUUCUAGCUACAUAUGCACAACCUGCAAACAGCCGUUUACCAGCGCCUGGUUCCUCCUCCAGCAUGCCCAGAACACACACGGGAUCCGCAUCUACCUGGAGACCAACCCCUCCAGCAGCUCCCUGACGCCACGAAUCACCAUCCCUCCCCCAAUGGGACCGGAGCCCAUGCCCCAGUCCACUCUCACCAACUUCCUGGGGGACAACAACCCCUUCCACCUCCUCCGAAUGACUGGCCCCCUCCUCCGCGAGCCUCCGGGGUUCGUGGAGAACCGGCUGCCCAGCACCCCCCCCUUCGUCAGCCCGCCGCCCCGCCACCACCUGGACCCCCACCGUCUGGAACGCCUUAGUGCCGAGGAAAUGGGUUUAAUCUCCCAGCAUCCCAGUGCCUUCGAGAGAGUGAUGCGCCUGACGCCCAUGGCAAUAGAGUCCCAGUCCAUGGAUUUUUCCCGCCGACUCCGGGAGCUGGCCGGGAACAACUCCACUCCUCCGCUGUCUCCGAGUCGCGCGAACCCUAUGCACCGCCUCCUCAACCCCAACCCCUUCCAGCCCAGCCCCAAGUCUCCCUUUCUCAGCACCCCACCGCUGCCUCCCAUGCCCCCCAACAGCACCACCCCUCCCCAGCCCCUGGCCAAGAGCAAGUCCUGUGAGUUCUGCGGGAAGACCUUCAAGUUCCAGAGCAACUUGGUGGUGCACCGACGGAGCCACACGGGCGAGAAGCCCUACAAGUGCCAGCUGUGUGACCACGCCUGCUCCCAAGCCAGCAAGCUGAAGAGGCACAUGAAGACGCACAUGCACAAGUCCGGCUCCAUGACCGGCCGGUCCGACGACGGCCUCUCCGCCACCAGCUCUCCCGAGCCGGGGACCAGCGACAUCAUGGGCGAGGGCAUGAAGAACAGAGACGGCGACUUCAGGGGCGACAACGAGGAAGAGGAGGAGGAAGAGGAGGAAGAGGAACUGGAGAACGAGAGCAGGCCAGAGUCAAACUUCAGCAUGGACUCCGAGUUCUGCCGCAAUCGGGAGAACGGCUCCAAGCCGCUGCCCGACGAGAAGUCGCUCCACUUAGGCAAGAUUGUAGAAAAUGUAGGUCUAAGCACUAUACAGCAGUACAAUAACUUGAUAGACAAUCGGAAAAGGCUCCCCUUCUCCAAGAGGUGCUUGGACGGGCAGCGAGACAUGGGGGACGACGACUCCGUGGUGGGAGAGAUGGAGCCGGUGCAGCAGGCCACGGUGAACGGAAGGAACUGUGGCUCAGGUGACUCUUUCUCAGGCCUGUUCCCCCGAAAGCCCACCCCCAUCACCAGCCCCAGCCUGUCCAACUCCUCGGCCAAGAGGAUCAAGAUCGAGAAAGACCUGGACAUGCCCCCCGCCCCCCUCAUCCCGUCUGAGAACGUUUACUCCCAGUGGCUGGUGGGCUACGCAGCGUCGCGGCACUUCAUCAAAGACCCCUUCCUGGGCUUCACCGACUCCAGACAAUCGCCCUUCGCCACGUCCUCCGAGCACUCGUCGGAGAACGGCAGCCUCCGCUUCUCCACCCCGCCGGGGGACAUGCUGGACGGGGGGCUCUCGGGCCGCAGCGGCACGGCCAGCGGAGGCAGCACCCCCCACCUGGGCGGAGGCCCCGGGCCGGGCCGGCCCAGCUCCAAGGACAGCCGGCGGAGCGACACCUGCGAGUACUGCGGGAAGGUGUUCAAGAACUGCAGCAACCUGACGGUGCAUCGCCGCAGCCACACGGGAGAGCGGCCCUACAAGUGCGAGCUGUGCAACUACGCCUGCGCCCAGAGCAGCAAGCUCACCCGCCACAUGAAGACCCACGGCCAGCUCGGACUUCCUGUGAUGUGUAGUUGAACAGUCUAAGAAGUAGCAACUUUAUCACAUAAAGAAUGCACAGCUGAUUUUUUGAGUUUUUUUUGUCAUUUCUGUUUGUUUGUUUCUUUGUUUUACUUUGUCUUCAGCAAGCACCACCUAUGCCUAAAUCCCAACUCUGCAUUAUUUUGAAUAAUGCAUUGCAUUGCCCUGACUUCAAGUAACCCACACUGUAGCAUAGAGGGAAAAUCGUAAUGAUAAAAAUUGAAUUGAAAAAUGACAUAGUUCUACUCAGCUGACCCGCACUUUAUAAUUUGUUUUUACACACACAAAAAAAAAGAAAUAGGGAAGAACGGCUUCUGAGCAAGAAAUUACAUUUAAUGGAUUGACCUGGCCUUGCAAAAGGGUUAUAGUACAAGGGAGCAUCUGAGAUUCGAGUGCCAGCGUUGCUAGGCAUGGCAUUCUCAAUGCUGGCACUAUAAAAAUAAUAAUUUAUUGGGACAGUUUUUGUACUGCCAUUCAAUUUGACAUGAGUGUGCCUUGAAUACUGAUCUUCCUAUUUAUUGUCUCUCGAGACAAAUGAAACUCUUUUGUGAAGCAAAUGGAGAGAACAAAAAGAAAGAUAUCAAUUACUCAGCAUAGUUCUAAUUUGCGUAUAAGAUUCCAAUAGAAUAUCAGAAAUAAUUUCUAAAAGGAGAGGAAAGAGGCAUUUAGAUAAAAAAAAAGUACCCAGCACAACAUUUAUGUGUCUGUGUGUGUAUAUAUGUAUGCAUAUGUACAUAUAAAGGCACAAACAUAUAUAUUGAAUUCUUCACUUCAGGACAAGACUGCGUCCCUCGAUAGAAAAAUCGCCGGAGUGGAUUGUUAUGCCACAGAUAGUCAAGGAAGAGACUGGACAAAAAUCAGGAACAGCAGAAACUUAAAAAAAAAGAAUUUAGUGCACUCUGUCUUAAAAUACGUUUACAGUAUUGAAACAAGUACAAGGGUAAAAUAAUAUUUGUGUGUAUGUGUGUUUUAAACAAACAAGUAUUUUUUUUUUCCAAAUUUGCUUAUAAAGUUUCUCUGAAUGCCAUAGUGGCUAUGUGUAUAUUGGUUUUUUGGUGACGGGGUUUUAGUAUAUAAAUAUAUAUAAAUAUAUAUUACAUUUUUCUUGUUUACUGUAAAAGUAUACCAGUAUUUGUAAUAUUGGAGAAUGCCUGGGCAUUUUACAAAAAUAGAAAAAAAAGUUUUUUUUAAUUUUUUUUUUGCAGUUCAAUUUGAAUUGUGGGUCUAUUAAAAUGUUUUUGUCACUGUAA